AUGUCCGCCGAACAGGACUCGAAGGCCAUGCCUCCGCCCCCGCCUCCGCCCCCGCCGCCCGCUGAAGUAGCGAAACCCAAGAUCCUGGAGCCGGAAUUCAAUGCUCUUUCACGCUGCCUCCAGGAUGCUAUGGUCAAGGCUGGACAGAUUUAUGGGUUCUACGCGGACGCACGUCGACUUGGUGUCGAAAAGCACAUAUCGAAUCCACCCCGUUCCCUAACAGCUGGUCUCGGACGCGAUAUCGAGAGAUAUGACCAGCUUUGCGACACCAUCGAAGCUCAUCUUGCAAGUCACAACAUUUUAUUACACGAGAAUACACAAGAAGAAAAACGGAAGAUCGCUGAAGCUAUGAUGCUUCCUCCUCCAGUUCCAGACACCACAAACAAGGAUGUGUCAGACGCCUCCAGCACAAAUCCGCGGAAUUCGCCUGUUGUCAAUCCAAUACCAAGCAGAAGGGCGUCGGUCAUCUCAAUUUCAUCCCUCCAUCGGCCACAAUUCCCGCUCAAACUCGAUCUCUCCUCCUCGUCGCUGCGAAUUUCAGAAGAGGAAGCUGCGAUGUUCUCCAAAGGACUUGGGUCGCCAGUUACACUUGCACCGAAAUCCGCUCGUCCCAUGGGUUCCAACGAAUUCCCUCCAGACCUCAUAGCUGCCUUCAAUUCCUCCGUUCCACCCGACAACGUUCACGGCCAUACCAUUGACCUCACUCUCCCGAGUCCCAUGGCUCAACAACCCACAAUGCCCUUAGGCGUCGGCCUCGGCGACUCCUCCGACAAGCCCAUCGAACUUGAUUUGGACUCCAUGGACAUCGAAAUGAAUAGCCUAUUUGGAGGUGAGCAUGUGCCGACAGCCGUUGCGAAUACCGCACGCGACGGCCUUUUCUCACCUGCGCUCGUCGAAGGCGGGGGCCAGAUCCAACCAGGAGACGAAAACAACGACUUCGACAUGAACGCAGAUGACGACCUUUUCGGAGAUUUCACUCCAGAUGAUAUGCCUCCAGAAGCUGCUAUUGGAGGUGCUACGGUGUUGCCCCAAUCGACCUCAGUUUCUUCACCAGGCAGUUUGUUGGCCCAAUUCUCGUCCACGUCACACCUUAUGAACGCCCAACCAUCGUCGAAUCCGGCUUUACCUGAUGGCACGGAAGGCUUCGACAUUAAUUCCCUCGACCUCACUCACCUUGAGCCUACGUUCUUUGACAACCCACAAGAUCACGGCAUGAGCUUCCCCAUGGACAUGGACACCUUUUUGAACAUGGGUUCGGGCGGUGGCGAAGAGAAGACAGAUAUAAAUCUGCCUGGCGCUCAAAACCCCACAUAG